AUGUCCACCAGAUCUUCUCCCUGCCCAUUGGGUCACGCGACAGUCACGGAGCCUCGGAAACCCUCUACCAGAACGGUCGCACAUCGCAAAGUAUACGGCAAGCGGCGCAAGGACGCAGCACGAGCGGUAUUGGAGGAUAAGAGGCAGGAUGACAAGGGCGAGGAUCUCUCAGAUGUCGACGGCUCUCUCGACACACUUCGGACUAGGCUUGCCGAUGUGACCAUCCACGAAAGCCUACGUCGAGAGCGGCCCAGUACGAAGCGCACGCAAUGCACUCGAACACACCAGAGCAAGGCGCAUGUCUCUGCACAACUCACGAAAUUCACCGAAGCGGAGAAAAUGCCACAACUGCGGGGAUUGUCCAAGGAACCUUUGUCGGCCGACCUUUUGCAAAAACCGGUGCAUUCCGAGACGAUGACAGGUGUUCAAAUCUCAAGCGAACAGUCUCAUGUUACCAGUAUUCAGACUGGGCAUGAUUCACAAGCGGUCUCGGUCAAUGCGACACCAUCAGUAACCAAGAGAAAACCGCGCUCUGCUAGCCGAAGAAUAUCUGGACUAGUUCACGAUGCAAGGAUUGACGCCUACGUUCGGCCCGUUCUCGACGAAGCCCUUUCCUCAAUCGCUUCUCAAGGUGUACAGACAUUCAGCGCGUGGGCCUCGCGUUCUGAGAGCAUGUUUCAUGUAGUCAAACUGGCUGAAGGCUCUUACGGCGAAGUGUAUAAGCUUCGUCUCCACGAUGAAACAUCCCGUCCCCCAGUCUCCAAAUCAAAAUUGGCCAAACUUCGCGCAUAUGGCGACGGUGUCUUCAAAGUCGUUCCGCUUUGCGCGCCAAGAGGUCCAGGGUCGAAGAAAUAUACAUCUGUGGCUGAAAUAGUGUCCGAGGUGAAGCUGUUGAAGUAUCUAGACCCAAUUCCAGGAUUUGCCCGAUUUAGGGAAAUUCAUGUUGUUCAAGGACGUUUUCCGGAGCUCUUCCAACGCGCGUGGGACCAUUAUAAGGCGACCAAUGAUGACUGCUGGAAUCCCGAUCCGUCGAACAGAAGAGCGUUUCCGGAGACUCAGCUGUGGGCGAUUAUUGAGAUGGACGACGCCGGUCAUGAGCUUGAGAAAUUUGCAUGGUCGUCGAUAUUCCAGAUUUAUGAUAUAUUCUGGGGUGUGGCAAUGGCGCUGGCACGCGCCGAGGAGUAUGCGAUGUUUGAGCACCGCGACCUCCAUUUGGGUAACAUUUGUAUACGGUCCACUCGAGCAGACGGCAGUAUGGACCCUCCCUCCGACCUCGAGAUCUUACGCCGACAGUCAGCAAGCGGAUUCGGCUUCAGUGCCUUGGAGACAACAAUCAUCGAUUACUCGCUGUCCCGCGCUGACUUGCAAAGUGAAAGUCUCGAGCCCGAGGACAACCCAGACAGCAUUGUCGAGACAGCAUCUUCCGACUUGGACAAGCGGCAGAUUUUUGAUGCCGUUGGCGAGGAUGAAGACGAGGCGCUUUUGAGGGAUACAUACAGAUAUAUGCGUAACACAGUCUACACGGGAGCACCCCUCGCAAUGGAGAAAUACUCUACCGUUGCCGGCAUCUGGAAAGAAUAUGUUCCCCAGACCAAUCUCAUCUGGCUUCUGUUUCUGCUCAAGAUUCUCUUGAAGAAUCGCAAAGCAGAGCCUUCGCAGGUGGCCGCUUUGCCAGAGCGAGUUGCUCUGGCACCUUGUUCUCCAAACCGGGUAUCGACUACGCCUAGAUUGACAAGCAAGACGUGCACAUCUAAAAAGACUGAGGACCAGACUGAUGUCGCGAAGAAAUCUCGCGCGCGAGAUCUCCACUUGCAAGUCUCCAAGCUCGAGCAGACCCUUGAGAAUAGGCUCAAAACCGUUCUUGACCUUCUGGACCUCAACAAUGGGCACGACGACAUGUGUUGUGCGGCGGACUUGGUUGCCUAUGCGCUGGAUUCGCACUGGUUGGCCAAGGAGGAUUUCUUCUGA